AUGUCAGGACUGAGCCUCCCCGACGAGCCUCCACCACCAGAGCAAUCCCCAGAAGAAGUGCAAUCUGAAAAUGAAGUUGAAUCAGAACGAAGAAAUUCAUCGAGCGACGACGACAUAUGUAUGGAAAUAGACUACUCAGAUAUAAGCGAGGAUCUUCGGUGUCCUAUCUGCCUAGGUGUAAUUCGAAAAACCAAAAUUGUUAUGGAAUGCUUGCAUCGGUUUUGCGGAGAAUGCAUUGAGAAAUCCAUUCGACUUUGUAAGAAUGAAUGCCCAGUUUGUCGUGAACAUUAUCCUGGCGGAUGCACACUAGGGGAUGAUCGCCACUAUGAUCAUCUCAUUUCUAUCAUCCAUCCUGAUAUUGAACAGUACGAGGAGGAGUCUUUCCGACGUGAAAUAAAAGAAUUGGAGAGGAAAAAGAGGGCCAGGGAAACCGCUGCAGGUUUUGCAAGGAGACGCAGAACAAUCAGAAAUGCAUGUGAAGAUCAGAAAUCCAAUGACAAUGAUAAGAAUGGAGGAAAAGACUGA